UUUGAGGGUCACAAUGUCUGAAGAUUUCGAAGAGCAACUGGGGGCUGGUGAAUACGACGUAGCAGAACAGAUUCCCGGAUCAGAACUCCCCGGAGAUAACCUCCACCCUGAAGAAGAAGAAGCCACUGAUAACGGUCCCGCAGAUAACGGUCCAACAGAUAACGGUCCCGCAGAUAACGGUCCAACAGAUAACGGCGAUAUUGAUAACGGUUUAGCUGCUGAGCCCGAUGUUAAUAUGGACCAGAUGAGUGAGGAGCCUAGCCUCGCUAAUCUGGAUGAUGUCACUCUGGAAGUAGACCAAGAUACUGUACCGGAUGAAAACUGCGCUGCUUGCGACGAACACAUGGAUAUUCCUAGCCAUGAGGAUGCGCCCGCUGAGGAACACUCUGUUGAUAUUGGUAGCUUGGAUCAGGAUGCUGAACUCGCUGCCGCUGAACCAGUUGAAGCUUCUUUUGAUGACUUUGCUCACGAAGAAUCAUCCCCACAGGAGCCAGCCCCAGAACAACUAUCUCAUGAGGAAGUACCUGAAGUAGAUGCUGCUCCUGAAGUAGAUGCUGCUCCUGAAGUAGAUGCUGCUCCUGCAGAAGAAAGCCCAUUGGAGACAGCCCAAGACGAAAUAACCCCAGAUCAAGGAACUCCAGAAGAGGUAGUACAUGAAGUUACCCCCGAGGAACCCUCUCCUGUAGAACCUUGCCCUGCAGAACUUACCCCAGAAGAACCAAUCCCCGCAGAUUCCGCCCCAGAAGAACCUACCCCAGAGGAACUUACCCCAGAGGAACCUACCCCAGAGGAACCGACCCCAGAGGAACCUACCCCAGAGGAACCCACCCCAGAGGAACCUACCCCAGAGGAACCUACCCCAGAGGAACCUACCCCAGAGGAACCCACCCCAGAGGAACCCACCCCAGAAGAAACUCCGCUUAGCCCUGCUUUUGAACCCCAGCCACUUUCUGACAACCUUUCAACAGAGGCAAGUGAAGUACCAGAAGAGCAAAGUGAAGCAAAAGCAGAGGAAUCAGCCGACCUCUUAUCUCUUGAUAACGAGGAAACUUCAACACAUGAAAACGAUGUCGUUAUGACAUCGGAGCCUGAAGCUGAAGCUAUUAUUGAGCCUGAAGCUGUAACCGAGCCCCAAGGAGCCGAGGUUGUUUGUGAAGCACCUUGUGAUGUAGCAGAUGAAUCUAGCAGUGCUAUCGAGGAAUCGGUAACGGAGGAAAGUGAGUCCCUUGGUCAUAUCGAAUCACCUGUUGAUCCCUCUGAGUCAGUCUCAUAUGUAGAACCUGUUUCUCCGGGAUAUAACAUGGAGGAUGAACCUGACUACGGCUAUAACAUGGAGUCUGAUGUCACGCCUGUUCUAAGACUAGAAUCCACAGAGGCCAUCUCUAGGGUAGAUUCUACUGGACCAGACACACCUCGAUCAGAUUCAUAUGAUUUUCUACGUUAUCAGAGUCAGCCAGAGACAGAUCAAACAGACGGUGUGGAACAGUCUGACCAAAAAACAGCAGAUUUGGAAGAGCCAUCUUCUGGUGUGGACGAUACCCCUUCAGAUCACUGUCCAGGACAUCUACCAUCAGAGGAGGAACCCUUCAGACAUACACCCUUGCUGGCAAGUAUGGUGUCUCAACCAGGUUCUGAAGAUCAGCCUGAACAAUCUAAACAAACCAUUGAUGAAAUUAUCUCAGAGCAAGAAUUAGGAAAGCCCACUGAAGACUCAGAGUCGGAAGAAGAGUUUUCAUCAGAAGCAUUAGAUGAUAUGUUAGUUGACAUGACAGAUCUUGAUUCCGGUGUCAGUGAACCGAGUCAGCAACCAGAAGCUGUUGAAGCUCCAAAGCCUUCAGUUGAAGAACCUACAAGUGAUGCUGAACAAGAGCCCAUGUUCGAUCUUGAACCUGAGCCUACACCUGUUGUUGAACCUGACGCAGUUGAAGAACCUGAGGAAUCUGAAAAACCUGAGGAACCAUCCUUCGAGUUCAUGUCUAAACAUUUAGAGCCCGAGUCAACUGAUGUACUUUCUCUGCCAGACACCGUUGAAACAACCUCAGAGCCAGAUAUUGUCGACACUCGUGCGGAACCUGAAGAACCAGAACCGGAAACUCCCUCUGAAAUUGUUGAACCACCCAUGGACACACCAACCGAAGCGGAGGAUGAACCAGAAUUUAUUGUUGGAAUACCCAUGCAACCAGAAUUUGAUGAACCUCUUGAGCCAGAAACCAUUAACGCUCCUUCAGAAUCAGAAAUGGAUGGAGCACCUUCAGAACCAGAAGUUGUUGAAGCAAUUUCAGAAGAAACAGCUGAGGAAGAACCACCGAAGUCACCCACUUAUGCAGAAAUUGUGGCUACUCCUUCAAUGUCAGAUUCAAUUGACGAGCCCACAGAAACUCCUGCAGAACCAGAAUUAGAUGAAACGCCUUCAGAGCCAGAGACUAUUGAGGAACCGUCAGAACCUGAGAUCAUUGAAGCACCAGAGCAAGAACCAUUUGAAAUGGUACCCGAGGCUGAGCCAGUAGAACCAGUGUCAGAAUCUGGACCUACCGAGGAAGAACUUGCCUUGCAAGAAGAACUAGCCAUGGAAGAGGAACUCGCCAGGGAGGAAGAACUCGCUGCACAGAAAGAACUUGCCGAGCAAGAAGAACUUGCUAGGCAGGAAGAACUAGCUAGGCAGGAAGAACUUGCCUUACAGGAAGAACUUGCCAGGGAGGAAGAACUCGCUAGGGAAGAAGAACUCGCUGCACAGAAGGAACUUGCCGAGCAAGAAGAACUUGCCAGGCAGGAAGAACUAGCCAGGGAGGAAGAACUCGCUGUACAGAAAGAACUUGCCUUGCAAGAAGAACUUGCUAGGCAGGAAGAACUAGCUAGACAGGAAGAGCUUGCCUUGCAAGAAGAACUUGCUAAAGAGGAAGAGCUUGCCAGAGAGAAAGAACUUGCUGAGCAGGAAGAACUUGCCAGGAAAGAAGAACUGGCCAGGCAGGAACAGAUUGCCUUACAAGAAGAACUUGCCAGGGAGGAAGAGCGUGCCGCACAAGAAGAAAUUGCCAGGCAGGAAGAACUUGCCGCACAAGAAGAACUUGCCAGACAGGAAGAAUUGGCCAGGCAGGAAGAGCUAGCCUUGCAAGAAGAACUUGCCAGGGAGGAAGAACUUGCCAGAGAGAAAGAGCUUGCCGAGCAAGAAGAAAUUGCCAGGCAGGAAGAACUCGCUAGGCAGGAAGAACUUGCCAGGGAGGAAGAGCUUGCCUUACAAGAAGAACUUGCCAGGCAGGAAGAACUUACCGCACAGAAAGAACUUGCCAGGCAGGAAGAGCUUGCCUUACAAGAAGAGCUUGCCAGGGAGGAAGAACUUGCCGCACAGAAAGAACUUGCCGAACAAGAAGAGCAUGCCAGGCAGGAAGAGCUUGCCAGGCAGGAAGAGCUUGCCAGGCAGGAAGAGCUUGCCAGGGAGGAAGAACUUGCCGUACAGAAAGAACUUGCUGAGCAAGAAGAACUUGCCAGGCAGGAAGAACUUGCCAGGCAGGAAGAACUUACAGCAGAAUCGGCAGCAGAGCCUGACUAUGAAGACCUUUCUGCAGCACUCUCAGAACCAGACACAAUUGAACCAUCCGAGCCAGAAGUUGAGUACAGAGGACCUUCUGUAGAUUCAUAUGAAGAGUUAGCACAAGAGCCCAAUGUGGUACCGGAACCCACUGCAGUAUCUACUGAAGAUCUGCAUGAAGUACCUUGUGAGUCAGACGUUCAUCUUCCUCCUCAGCAUGCUGCAGUGCUUUCAGAUGAUCUAGACGACUUGAUUGAUGUCAAUGAUGAGACAGCGGAUAACUUAUUCAUGGAAAAUGGCUUCCAUGACACAAAAGAGGAUGAACAGAUAGAGGAAUCUGUCCUGAAUAUUUCCUCAGAGGAAUCAGCCAACUUGUUGCCCCGCACAUCUAUUGUUCCCCGGUCAUCUAUUGGAUCAGAGUCAAAGUCAGAGCCCGAAUCUCCAUCGACCAUUAUUAGCGCACCCUUCAUUCCUAUUACUGAGCCUGAUCCUACUGGACCCAGCGAGGAAGAGCUUGCCAGGCAGGAAGAACUUGCCGCGCAAAAGGAACUUGCCGCGCAAAAGGAACUUGCCGCGCAAGAAGAGCUUGCUUCACAGAAGAGAAAAGAGGAACUUAAGAAGGAAAUUGAGAACCGUGAUGCUAUUAUUGCUGCGGAUAAGGCUCAACUCACUGAUCUUCUGGCCAAGAUCGCUGAGAUGACCGCUGCAAUGGAGAAGCUGCAGACUGAGAAAGCUGCUCAAGAUGAGGAGAUCAAAGCUAUGCAGGAGAAAAAAGCCACUAAGGCAGAAGCACCCUGCAAGAAAUCAGCGACCCCAGCUAAAGCAGGCAAGCCCGCUACCCCCAGUAGGACGGGCACACCGAGUAAAACUGGUGCCAAACCGGCCGCAAAAACGCCAGCCAAAACCCCCUCCAAGGUUGGUGCCAAACCUGCUCUUCCCCCAAAAGCCAACGGAAAACUUAGUCCCCCAGAGUUGCCACCUAAACGAUCAAAAUCCCCGGCUCAAGACAAGAAGGCCGGUGCAAAACCCGCUACCCCUAAAGCAGCCGCCAAGAAACCUGCAACUCCCGCCAAACCUGCAGCCAAACCUGCAGCCAAACCCGCAGCAAAACCCGCAGCAAAACCUGCAGCCAAGCCCGCAGCAAAAACACCUACAAAAACAGCUGGCGCCAAGCCAGCUGCUAAGAAGCCACUGACGAAUGGUACGGGUAAACCGAAGGCAGGAACGAAAAAAAUAGGUCUAGAGAAGAAGCCCCUUACGAAUGGGACCAGUAGAGUCAGACCAGGAACCAAGCUAGGAGCCACGAAGCCCGCUACACCUACCAAGAAACCUGCUGUAAAUGGAGAUAAGAAAACGCCGAGUAAGACAGGCGUCAAGUCCGCUAGCAAAGUUGCCGCAAGCCCAAAAACUGGUUCUAAAACUGAUGCGACUAAAAAACCAGUGAAGGCUGCGGCAGCUCCUCCCAAAGCGGGCACCGGACGUAACGUAAGUAAAAAGUAAUACCAUAUAAGGGCUUACGACGUCACCUUAUGUAGGCAUCUCCUUAUAUAGGCAUAACAAAUAGGAGAUGGUUUGUUUGAGAUACAUCCCUGACAAGAACAAGAACAACAACCCAGCAAUCGUUACACUUGCACUACACACCAUGAUAUAUACAUAUAUAUAUAUUAACUAAUUAGUUAACUUUAAUUAGUUAACUAACUAUUGUUAUGUUAAUUAUACGUCACGUACGUUAAUUAAUAUAAUAAUGUUUAAAGUUGUUAUAUUAAUCUCUCAGUUGAUGUUAUGAAUAUUUGAAAUGCCUGGCUUGGCACACAGAGAAGCCAAGUUUCUUGUUUUAAUUAUUUGGUUAAUUAAUUUUAAUUAAUUAAUUUGGUGAAUUACAAUGACAGUUAUUAUGAUGCUAAUUAGUAUAGUGUGGAGAUUAGUGAUAAGUGAUUGUAGAGUGAGAUACGUGUGAAGUUGCAUGGUUAUUUUUGAGGACCGGUCAUUUAACAGCCAUUAACCGGUCAUUUAACAGUUAAUUAAUUGAUAUUUAAAUACAGGAUUUGAGCACUCUUGAGCAAGUGUUUUCUACAAUUUUUAUAUAUUGUAAAAAAUGUACAAAAAUAUAAGGAUAGACAAAUUCGCUCCUUAUGAGAACUAUAAUGUGACCGUACAUGGGCAUAUCCCUGGUACAUUGAUUAUGACGCGUGGACGCUUUUGACGUUUUCCCUUUACGAAAUGUUGUUUUUCUUAAAUGUGACGUUUUUUCUUUAGGCUCUAGAUGCUACAUAUUAUAACCAUGACUUGCUAAUAAUAUGUGGACGCGUAUUCCUUUAUUUCGCAUUGUUUUCCUCUGUAACAAUAAUUAGUUAUAUGAUAAUAUAAUUAAUUAUAUGAUAUCAUUAUUUUUGACAUUAUUUGAUUAAUUAAAGAUAUUUUUAUAUAAUUUGAUAUAUAACGCUCAAUGUUAUAGAUUUUACAAAAUAUGAUGAAA